AUGCCCCGCACCCCCGAAGCCGAAUCCUUCUUCCACGCCGUCUACGCCGCCAUCCAAGAGAUCCCCCCCGGCCGCGUAACAAGCUACGCCCACAUCGCAAAACUAAUCGGGACUCCCCAACGACCUCGCCAAGUAGGCGUAUGCCUCAAACUCCUCCCCGAUGAUCCGGCGCAGCGGUUUAAUAACCAGACUGUACCGUGGCAGCGCGUUAUAAGUGCUAAGGGCAUGAUUUCUCCACGCGGUCAUCCGUCAGGUGCAGCGAAUCAGGCGACGGUGUUGAGAGGGGAGGGGGUAACUGUUAGCACAGGCGCGUUGGGGGAGUACUUGGUUGAUUUUGGGGAGUUUGGGUGGUUCCCGAGGCAGUUGCCUUCGGAUGUGGAGGCGGGGGUGGAGUUGAGUAGUGAGGAGGAGGAUUGA